GGCAGCUCUCUGUGCGCACGCGCCUGUGGACUGACAGCGACAACGUUAGGCAGAGCUGGGUAAAAACAGUGCAAUCCUACUCCGCGCGCUGCGGCAAACAGCUCUACAGCACAAGAGCCGGCGUCGGCGGAGCAGCCAUGAAGCAAUUCCAGCCGCUGGCUCCUUCCAGCACGAGACGCCCGCCGCUGCGGCCGCGGCAGUCGUCGGACGCCGGCACGAAGAAGUUCCGGCCGCUCGUCGCGCGGAGCUCGACGCCGCCGCGGCCGCCGGGCGCGCGCGUCGGCGCCGUCGCGGCGGUGACGUCCCGCUUCCUGACGGGCGGCGCGGUCGCGCGCGCGAAGUACCGCGCGCCGGUGCUGGCGCGAGCACCGGCGCCGGCGCCCGCGGCGCCACCGUCGCCCGAGACGCAAGAGCCGGACGCGCCACCACCCGCAACGACGCCCGCUACCGCCGCGGCGACCACGACGGCGCCGCCUGUAACCACGCCCGUCGUCGUCAUGCACAACGCGUGCGUCGAGCGGCACCUCGUGCCCGCCGGCCACCAGGAGCGGCCCGAGCGCACGGCGUCGGCGCGGCGCGUCGCGCAGAAUGUGGUGAGACGGCGCCCGGCCGCCGUCGGGGGCGCCUGGGCCGCCGGCGCGAGCGUGAGUGGCGGCGACGUCACCGAGGCGAUCCUGCGCGCGCACUCGGCGCGCUACUACGCGUCGCUCGAGGCGGCGACGGCGCGCGCGACCUCGCCGGACGCGCGCGUCGAGCUCACGCCGGCGGGCGACACCAUGGGCUGCGGCGACUCGCUGCUGGCCGCGCGCGCGGCCGUCGCUAUUAGCAUAGAGGCCGUACGCGCCGCGCGGCGGGUCCCGUGCGCCGCGUGUUUGGUAAGACCGCCGGGCCACCACGUCGCGCGCGACGGGAAGACGGCCGUCGCGCCGAGCCAGGGCUUCUGCCUGCUGAACUCCGUCGCCGUCGCGGCGCUCGAAGCAUCAGCCAACGGCUUCGCCAAGGUGGCGGUCGUGGACUUCGACGUGCACCACGGCAACGGCACCGAGGACAUCUUAAGUGGAGACGACCGCUUCUUCUUCGCGUCGGUCCACGCGUUUGGUGGGGGGACCUACCCCGGCACCGGCGGCGCGCGGACCAAGAGCGCGGCGAACGUGCUCAACGUGCCGCUCCCGCCUCCAAUAAAGAAGAGCGGCUUCCGGCGCGCCGUCGAGAAGAUUGCCAGGAGGGUCAAGGCCUUCGGCCCGGAUUUGUUGUUGCUGUCGGCGGGCUUCGACGGGCAUAGGGACGAUCUGGCGGACCUCGGGCGGUUGGACGAGGAGGAUUAUGGGAGGUGCACGAAGAUAUUGCUCGCGAGCUGCGGCUGCCCGUGCGUGUCGAUCCUCGAAGGGGGCUACGGCCGCGACUGCGAGGGCGACGACGGCGUCGCGCGCGAGCCGGGCGCGGGGCUCGCGGCGGCGAUCGACGACCAGCGCCUCCGGUCCUUCGACGCGUGCCUCGAGGCGCACCUCGACGCGUGCGCCGACCACUUCCACGGCGCUGGGGCGACGCCGCCGACGCCCCCGGAGCCGGCGUCGCCGCUGGCCGUGGUGCGGCGGCUGUCGGAGGAACUGGAAGAAGAGUAA